UAGUGUAGACAUAGUUGUCAACACUGGGGAAAUCGAGAUAUAUUUCAUACAGGAUAUUCUCUUUCAGGCUAAAUCUAUACGAACUUGUAUAACGAUAGUUUACCGAUCAAAAAAAGCUAUAUAUUCAGUCCAGGAAGGAGGAGUGACAAAAUAUGAUGCCAUCUCGAGACAGACGUUACGACACUUUCGUAAACAUGAACCAGACGACCAGAAGGCCCCGUGUUUCGGUGUGUACGUCUGCCCAAAUAUUCAGCAUCCAAGCCUUCAUCGAUGCAUUGCUUCUGAAAUAUACCGAUAUCGUAAGCGAUGUUCGCUACUUCGAGCUACCCUACAACGACAUUGAUCAUUUUAGUUUUCGAAACAAGGGGAUCGACGUCAUGAUUUUGUGUCAUUCUAUCAACAACAGAAGGUUCGCCAUCACAAAUGUUACUGAUGCACUCUAUGAUGAAUUCCUACCAAAUGCCGUCAGAGCACUCGGCAAAACAAAGAUCUGCGUUUUAGUCCACGAUUUCAGAGCAGACAACCUGGACACGGUGGAGAAGUACCGCAAGCAGAUGGAUGCUUUCCUUUCCAAGCAGCCAACGACCUUCAAAUGCGCUAAACUCGUCAUUGUGGGAGGGAAACUAGAUGAGAAGGUGGAGCUUGGUAAUAGUCAGUGGGAGGAGCUACGUGCAUUCCUCAUGGAUGCUAGCCAAUCACCAGAGCAUAUCCCAGGCAUUAACUUGGAUGACCGAGUGAAUAGUGUCUGUCAGAUUAUUCAGAGGUCACCAAAAUACCAAGUUUACCUUGUUAUCGGUGUCUUGAUUAUUGGCUUGAUGAUAGUGUUACCCACGGUGUUGGUCGAUUAAAAAUAGGAAAAUAUGAGGCAUAAGGUAAUUUUUUCCAAUCUUGGUGGAAAGUAAACAAAUGUGAAAAAUGGGAUCACAUUUGAAGGGAAUCUUUUCCGGUAAACUAGUAAUAGCUUGGUUAUCACUUGUGUUUAAGAUUGUUAAUAAAAAAAUGUUAACAAUCAAAUUUACAAUCCUAUAUCUGUUCUGCUAUUUCUUUACAGAUUUUGGAAAUAUUUGUAUAUAAACGCACUUUCAAGUUUCUAAAUAAAUGUACUAUUAUGGGUAGCUAUCAGUGUGGCUUUCGAACCAAGAAUUUUUUAUGGCCCUUAUUAAUAUUGUAAACAAGAUUAUAGACGCAUUUUUAAACCCAAUUAUUUUAUUGUGGAUGUUUUAUAGAUAUUUGGAGCGUGGAGCGUUCUUGCCCUGUGGAUGAGUCUUCUGACUUUGUAACAGAGGGUUGUGGGUUCGAAUCCCAGCCAUGGCGUAAUUUCCUUCUUUAAGGAAUUCAUCCACGCUGUGCUGCACUCAUCACAGCGCGCUGCAGCAGUGGUAUUCUGAAAAUUAUCUUAACUUUUUUGUAACUCAGCAAGAUAUCAACUCGCUAAAAUUAUCUUAAAUCGGUAUUCUAACAUUUGUCUUAUCUCUGUAAGGACGUCCCCUAUUUAAUCUCUGACAUGCCUAAUAUUUCAUCAUCAACCAAUCAUUAAACUUUUGUAUGUUUCGGUCAACCAUGAAAAAGGAGAAUAAAAAUAUUAGGCGCAUUGUUGACAUGCGGCGUAAUUUUCUUUGCGCCACCGACACUUAUGCUUGUACGCUACUCAUGACUGUGUUAAGUAUACACGUGGCUUUUCUCUGAUAAGAUUCAUCAUCUCGAAUGCCAAUUUUCAAUUGCUGGAAAGUCUACCAAUCCGUCGUUAUAACGUCUUUGGAAUGUCUCCUUUUGUAAAACAUGAUGUUCUUGGAUGCAGCAAGAAAUUAUUAAGCCCCCUUUAACUUCUGAAGGUUUCCCACUUCCCCCCUAUCUUGUAAAUUGUCUUGUAUUUUGCAAGGAAGUUAACAGAACGCAAAGAUAAGAGAAUAAGAAUUUUCAGUAUACCUAUUAUCUCGACUGUUAUCUUUCGUACAGAGGUAUAUUCUCCGUUUUUAACUUAACGCAUCAUUGUAACUCUACGUCACAAGCGCUUAAUUAGUGAAAGUUACAAGAAAAUUUACAAGAAAGGAAGCAAUAAAAGAUACAAGAGUUUUCAGAAUACGGAUUUUAUUGUAACCAUAAAGAUACAAGAAUAUUUCUCUUAAGACAAUUUUCAGAAUACGGCCCCUGGUGAGAUGAAUGGAUACCUGGCGGGAAUUUAUUCCUUGAAGUGCCACCGCACUGUAACAUGGCUGCGGGGCUUAAGUCAGGGUAAUAAUAUCCAAGUCCUUUGGAUGCGCAUAGUACUACCUCAUUACACUCUAAAAAAUGA